CAGGGAUCUGUGUGCUUUCAGGACCUUAAAUAUAAUGUGACAUGCAGAACGGGUGUUGUAUGUGGAGGAUCAGUGCUGCAGUAGAUAUCUCAGAUAGGGGGGAGUGAGGCCUAAAAUUGUUUUAUAAAUAAGAAUCGAUCAGUGGGUCUUGCGAGGGGUAUACAGAGAUGACCAGUUUACAGAGGAGUAUAGAAUGCAGUGAUGUGUCCUAUAAGGAGCAUUGGUGGCAAAUCUGAUGGCCGAAUGGUAAAGAACAUCUAGCCGGUCGCUGGUCGAGAGAACCCUUACCUGUCGAUCUAUAAAUGAUGUCUCCGUAAUCUAGGUGGUGAACCGUAAUCUAUUUUAUCGGCUAAUAACAGCUAUCAAACCAUUUGAUCUGUGCAAGUGUAAUCUAAAACCACCAUCACAUUCCCCGUCAGUCAUUUCCAUGCAUUCACAUGGGUUGGCUGCCAUGGCUAGAGCCAAAGUAAAGCCUCUAAUAAACAGCACACGCUGCAACGUUUAAUGUUCACAAUGGAAUGUCGGUUCUUGUGAACCAUUCUGCUACCUCUUCUAGUUUAUUUGCGUUUCCAGUCACGGAGACCACAGAUCUCCCGGUUGGGACAGCCAUGUUGAUGCCUCUUGUUGUCCGGAAGAUAAUCACCAACGGACCAGAACUCGCCGGGUCGCAAAGGCAUCCGAUUCCACAUCAGACAAUGACAGGCUUCUGUCAAGAAUCUCAGCAAAUCAGCAUUAGACUAGGAACUCCGCCUAUUCAGAGCUAUCCAAUCGAAAUGUAGUUGUGUACAGCUCAGAAUAAUGUCCGGGUGAACAUGCCAUGUGGGAAAGAUAGGGAGCUGAAAAUCCAAGCUUGGUAAUACGUUUUUCGACCAAUUGACAAUCUACCAAUUGCUACCGUUACACAUGUAUAAUGUCCUGCAUGUUCCUGAAUCUUAGCUAGCUUGUUCAAAGCUAAUCGAAAGUAUUCUAACGUUAGUUUGUUUACAAGUAGCUAGCUAGCUACUGAUAUAGACCUAGCAAGUGUUAAAGAUGAGUCUUCUACCUCGCACUGCCGAGGAGUUCAGUUCUGCAGAGUACUGGGAACGUUUCUUCAAGAAGAGAGGAGAGAAGGCUUUUGAGUGGUAUGGAGACUACAACAAACUCUGUGGCGUGCUGCACAAAUACAUCAAACCGCGGGAUAAGGUCUUGGUGGUGGGCUGUGGUAACUCUGAGCUGAGUGAGCAGCUGUAUGACGUUGGCUACAGACAUCUGACCAACAUUGACAUUAGUGAGACGGUGGUGAAUCACAUGAACCAGAAGAAUGCCAAGCAGCGCCCAGACCUGACCUUCCAGACAGUGGAUGCCACCCAGACACCCUACGAGGACGGAAGCUACCAGGCUGUACUGGACAAGGGGACACUGGACGCCAUGGCCUCCCAGGAGGGGGCUCUAGCUGGGAGGAUGCUGGCUGAGGUGGGCCGUGUCCUGGGUAUAGGAGGCCGCUACGUCUGUGUGACCCUGGCCCAGGAGAGUGUCAUCAAGCUGGCGGUGGAGCACUUCAUCCAGGUGGGCUGGGCUGUGAGACUUCAUUGUCUGGGUGACCCAGAGAGCCAGGAGGUCUCUUCCUUCGCUCUGCCUGUCUUCGUAUUGGUUUGCACAAAGUUCCGCCAGCCAAUGCCCAUGCCCAUCCUGGAGAUGUGCCAAGGGGAGGAUGGUGACCCCGUGAGGCUUCCCGUGGUGGCAGACCUGCUGUCUGUGGUGAGAGAGCGCCAGGCGUAUGCCAUGCUGAGACAGAGGCUCCGUACAGGUACAGACGCGACCUCUACCCCCUCGUUGACCCUCUGCCACGCCCCCACUGGGCGACCCCGCUACACCCUCACCGUACAGGACUGCCCCCCUGGUGCCAAGGUUCCCCGUGCAAACCACUUUGCCAUCUUCAUAGUGCCUCAGGGCAGAGAGACUGAUUGGCUGUACGGCUUGGCCGAGGGGCGGGGCCAACUAGCGGCUAGCGCAAACUUCAGACGUCUGGUUGUCGUGGCCAUGCACAGAGAACAGGAGUAUACCGACAUGCAGGCUGUCCAAUCAGAGCUCUCCCCCAUGGUGAUGGAACUCGCCCCCCCUGGGAUGCCAGCCAAUCAGAAAGUUCCAUUCCUGUCGGUGGGAGGUGAGCUGGGUUGGAGGGAGGUGGUGAGUCAUGGUACCAGUGAUCUGAGUGGUCAGUACUCUGUAGAGGAUGUGAGAGGAGAGGAUGGUCAGCUCUACCGUAGACUGGUUUUCCUGGGUAAUGACGGACUGGUCCAGUCAGAGAGCCGCCUCACUAAUCCAGCAGCAGCAGCAGCCUCAUCUCAGAAGAAUAAAAAGAGCAGAAGGAAAGCCAAGCCCUCUGCCCCUCCCCCCAUGACAACCCCAUCCCAGACACCAGGUGGCGCCCUGGAGGUGGACAAAGGCUAUCUAUGCUGUGCCCACCACAGGGUCAUGGUGGCUGGCCUCGCCAUGCUAGGAGUGGGCACCGACCACAACAAAGAUGUGUCAGUGCUCCUGGUAGGACUGGGUGGAGGAGGGUUGCCCCAGUUCCUGCGGGACUUUGUACCUGGAGCCAGGGUGGAGGUGGUGGAGCUGGAUCCAGCAGUACUGGAGGUGGCUCAGGGAUGGUUCGGCUUCACACCUGAUGACAGGCUCACUGUCACACUGGGAGAUGGACUGGAACACAUUAACAACAUUGAGAGAGAAGGUGGUCAUCAGUAUGAUGUCAUCAUGUUUGAUGUGGACAGUAAGGACCCCAGUUUGGGCAUGAGCUGUCCUCCUCCUGCCUUUGUAGAAACAGCCUUCCUGGAGAGAGUUGGCAAUCUGCUGACAUCUCGAGGUGUGUUCAUGUUGAACCUGGUGUGUCGUGACUCUGCAUUGAAGAAGAGUGUGUUGGGUCGUGUGCGGGGUGUGUUCCCGCGUGUGCUCUCCCGGGGCAUCGAGGGGGAGGUCAACGAGGUGCUGCUGUGCUCCAGGGGAACGGGGGAGACAGGGGUCCCGCCCAGCCUGCUGAAGGCAGGGAAGACUCUACAGGUAGCACUGGGCAUGAACAGCAGUAGAGCAGCAACCUGCAUCCCUCAGAUAGACAUCACUGAGCUGCUAGAGGACCUGAACGUGGCAUGAGGGAGAGGGGGAUGAGGAGAAGAGGACAAUGUGAAAAAGUAUCAUUUUAAUUCUCAAAAUGCUACAUGCAAUGUAUGAAAUAAAAAUGUUCAGAUGUAUACUGAACAAAAAUA